AUGAAGGGAACUACAACAUUAAGCGUUGCCAUCCUCAAUCUUCUUGUCCUGUGCAAUCUAUGGAUAGUUGCAAAUGCAGGUUCUUCAAUGCAAAAGAAUAAUUCAUCUGAUCCAAAAGUCAUGAGGAGCAGGUAUGAAAGUUGGUUGAAAAGACAUGGACGACAUUACAUGGAUAGAGAAGAAUGGGAAGUCAGAUUUGGCAUUUACCAAUUAAAUCUUCAUUUUAUAGAGUUCUACAACUCUCAAAACUAUUCUUACAAGCUCACAGACAACAAGUUCGCAGAUCUUACAAAUGAAGAGUUUAAAAGUACCUAUCUCGGUUUUCAACCUCUAUUGGGUUCACAUACAAGAUUCAGGUAUCAUAAACAUGGGGAUCUACCAAAUAGCAUAGAUUGGAGGAAGAAAGGUGCAGUUACACAUAUCAAGGAUCAAGGCAAUUGUGGAAGUUGUUGGGCAUUCUCUGCAGUAGCAGCUGUAGAAGGAAUCAACAAGAUAAAAACAGGCAAGUUGGUACCUCUGUCUGAACAACAACUGGUAGAUUGUGAUAUUGAAAAUGGGAAUGAAGGCUGCGAAGGUGGUGACAUGGAAACAGCAUUCACAUUUAUCAAAAAGAAUGGUGGGCUUGCCACUGAAAAAGACUAUCCUUAUCAAGGAUCAGAUGGCACGUGUAACAAGGUCAAAGCUAAGAACCAUGCUGUCACCAUAAGUGGUUAUGAAAAGGUACCUGCUCGCAAUGAGAAUAUGCUAAAAGCUGCAGUUGCUCAUCAACCUGUCGCUGUUGCAACUGAUGCUGGAGGUUAUGCAUUUCAAUUUUAUUCAAAAGGUAUCUUCUCUGGAAGUUGUGGAAAGGACCUCAAUCAUGGUAUGACUAUAGUUGGGUAUGGAGAAGAAAAUGGUGAAAAGUAUUGGAUUGUGAAGAAUUCAUGGGCAACUGACUGGGGUGAAUCUGGUUAUGUCAGGAUGAAGCGUGAUACUAAGGAUAAAGAUGGUUCUUGUGGCAUUGCCAUUGAUGCUAGCUACCCUGUCAAGAAUUAAGCAAUAUUACUAGGCUAAUUGACCUGCUGUGGUUGUGGAAUGAA